CUGCUGGUCGUGUAGUGCGGCUCUGUUGUUGCAAAUCCUAACUAUGCUUUUUCUAACCUAAUUUCUUCAGGAAUUGUCCCAGUUCUAGCACUCAGGAACUGGCACUCAUAUUGCUGAACAAAUGUUUCUCAUCUGUUUCAAACGAACUGUCCCGCGUGACCUUUUCUGCUUAAGUAGCUUACACAAUGAAAAUACAUGAAUGUUAAAUCUUCAUCUUGCAUAACCCUGAAAGUAGGGUCAGGCAUUUUCUAGCAGUGAGGGACAUUUUUCCCCUAUCUUUUGCGGAAAGUAAGAAGGAAACAGCCAGUACUGUGCGGUUACAGUUAAGGGAGAAAAAAAUUCCCAGGGCACUUGAGGAAACAGGGUUCUUACUACCCAUUUCUGGUGCUUUUUGCUUUGGAAAGAUAAAAAAAAGGGGCUUCUCAGCUAUUCCGGGUUCUCCAACCAUGGCCAAAGGCCCUGUGGCCUUACAGAGCUAUUUCCCAAUCAAGCACCACAACAGAUGGGGACAUAGAUGGGUCAUGGGCUUCCUGGUUCCCAACUUCAGAGCUCCCCUUGGCACCCAUCAGAACUAAAUGGUCUUUGUAGUCUGAGUGUUCUUCCUCACUGUUUUCAAAGAUGUGGUCUUACCCAGGACACAACAGCUGGUGUCUGUUCUGGGAGGUAGUUGCUACAACUGAACUUAUGGGAUCAAUUUUUAUUUUUAGCACAACAAAAGGUAAAAUCAUUCUGAAAUUUUGCUGGUAGCUGCCUUGAAAAAGGCAGAUAUCCUAAGUCUUGUACAGGUACUCGGAGGGAGCUUUCUUCCUAAUGAGAAGCGAUCCUUUGGUUCCUGAAGCUGUUUCUCAUGUUCUUAGUAUGUCUAAACUAUUUCUCAAUAUGCCUAAAUUUGGCCAUGGGAAGAUCCAGCCUCAGCCACAGCCUGUGGCUUGUCAGGGCACGUGCACCACAGCUCCACUUUUUCUGAAACAUUCUUCAUUGUCCCUCCUGGAGGUAAAGUGCUGCAAAUGCCUUCUCUUGACUCUCACAAGGCAACACAGAGAUGAUCCACCUAUUACUGCCGAUGGCCCUGGCAGAUCCUUUAGCACAGCAACAGGAAUCAUUAGUUGUUUUUUUUCAGUGAAGCGUAUUUGGUACGACAGCUCUCGGAAGUGGCAAACCAAGCGUGGUUGAAGCACCCAUGUCUUGCAAAGGGUGCUCGAGGCUGGGGGUGAGGGAGGGCUCACAGGGUGAUGCAGGGAAGAAGGGAUGAAGUAAAUGGUGCCAGGGAAGGCUAUACAAGAGCCACGUUGACCAGCUGCACUGAUGUGCCCAGCCCACAGGCGAGGAGCAAGGGGAUAGAUAAUUUCAUAUAUUUCCUGCAGAUCCCUGAGCGGCAGGAGCAGCUGGAUUGGCUCCAGAGCCAGUAGAGUCAGCGAGCUCGGAGGGAUGUGCGGCAGUGGGUCAGAGUGGGGCUGAGCCCUGCGGCACUAUCUGGCUCCGGCGUGGAGCUGUGGCUCUCCGGUGCCAGGGACAGCCAUGCGCUGCCACUGCGGCGAGGAGCUUGGGCAGCCUCCAGCAGAAAUCCUGCUAGAUUAUGCCAUUUGGUUUUCCUUUUAAUUAAUCAUUUAAACAUUUCAAACAUACCUUUGACCUACUUGAGAACAGUUAUAGCAACAAUUAACAUCAACACUUAAUAAAUCCCAGUAAUGUCCUUUCUGGUGUUACCUUACUAAAGCUUCUGAUCACGUCGCAAGUGCCAAAAACAUUGCAGCAUGGCAUCUGAUCCCUGAAGAGAACAGGCACAUCUCAUAAAAAAAACCCAAAAACCCAGAACAAACAAACCUCAGAAUUUCUACAAAAUGUGAAGUUUUGAGCAGAGCAGCCAAAAGGCUGCUGAGGAGUUCAACACUCCAGAGGCAGAUGGGCUCCCACGCACUCAGGGAUCCAGCCUCCUCGCACUUGUGUCACAGGACCGCUUUUCUGACGCUGCACACGCUCCAGUGGGAACCCCUGACGUUCUGCCUCCAAAUGACUCUCCGUUGGCUUUCUGCUCUCUCCCUGGCGCUGGUGUGGGGCUACGUGGUGUCCUCCUCCUCUUACUACACCACAGUUGCUCCCCCACAAGACCUUCACAUCGCUGAUCCUGGACUCUUAGGUUCCCUCGAUAUAGAAUGGAAACCCCCACCCAAUGUACAAACCUUCAAUGAAUGCACAGUAAAAUACAAGUUUGAAUACCGCAACGCUGGUGACAGAGAAUGGAUGAGGUGGCUGUCUCUAACUCAGCUCUGUGAUAAAAUCAUCAGUCUUCUCUCAGUUAUUUUUACUAGGAAGCUAAAACUCAGAGUUGGAUUUGACUUCAGCAGGACUGCUGAAGUGAAGGUACAGACACUGCUUGAAGGACGCUGUACCGAUGACGUGGAGGUGCAAAGUGACUGGAUUUAUGCUGCUUUUCAUGUCCCAUUGCAAGGAGAUCUGGAGUCAGAGGUUCAGAAUUUCCACUGCAUCUAUCAUGACUGGGAAUACCUCAAGUGCACUUGGCAACCAGGUCUCCUCGCUCCUCGUGGUGUAUAUUAUGGACUAUAUUAUUGGUAUGAGGGGCUGGACCAUGCACGGCAGUGUGAUGACUAUAUUCAGGACCACGGUAUAAACAUCGGCUGCACAUUGCAAAAUCUGAGCCAGGCAGAAUAUAAGGAUCUGAGCAUUUGUGUCAAUGGUUCAGCAGCAACCACUCAGCUACGGCCGUUGUACGUCACCCUUCGCCUUCACAACCUAGCGAAGCCCUUGCCCCCGGAACAGCUCGUAGUUUCCAUGUCUGCAUCUGAGGAGCUGCACGUGAACUGGAGCCCACCAGGUGGGAAAACGCCACCCCAAUGCCUGGAGUACGAGGUUCAGCUGGCAGAAGAUCAGGGGCAGACCAAGGAUGCCUGGGAGUCUGUGUCAACCCAAAUGGAGACAGCUUUAACAAUUUCCAGAGCAAAUCAAAGCCACAUUUCAUGUGUUCGUGUCAGGGGAAGAACGAAUAUUUUAUGUGCUGAUCAGGGCUUUUGGAGUGAAUGGACGCAGGAGUGUUUCUCUGUGUUCAGAAAUGAGGACAAGCAGCUCUUUAUCCUCAUACCGGUCAUUCUGAGUUUGUCAAGUAGCCUUAUAAUAUUUAUGUUGAUUGGCCAGUGCAAGAAAAGAUCCUCAGCAGGAAAGCCAUGGCAUUCAUCGAUGGGAUGCUAACUCUGCUUGCGACUGCUCGACGGGUUGCCCCUAGAACAUCAUCCCAAGGACAUCCGAGAAGCCCUGACCCCACAUGGGUCUUCCCUAUCUGCUGCCAUUUGUAAGGCUGGUUCUUGCAACUCAGGUUCUCAUUGGGCCUCAGAAAACUUUGGAGGAGUUUCAAACUGACUUUGGAUCAAGUUAUUUCUGAUAAAAGGACAGGGGAGAAAUGAAGGCUGUGGAAACUGCCAUGAAUAAAGAUAACAUUUCUCUGUG